UUUCCUGCUGAUUCACAGAUGUGGGAACAGCUGGCAGAGCUGCUUCAUGAUGACAUCAACGAGUCACACAAACAGAAACAAAGAUGCAACACUUUCAGACCCUCGGGAGAAAAUAAGUGAAGAAUUUUAUUUUCGAUAAUUCAAUUCAGGAAAAAAACUCUGUCACGUGACUUUGUGUUUCUCUGCUAACAACAUGGCUGCGGAGGAUCUGCCGUCUGAGUUUGACGUGGUCAUUCUGGGCACAGGUCUUGCUGAGUCGGUGGUGGCAGCCGCGUGUUCCAGAGUUGGACAGAGAGUUCUUCACGUCGACAGGCGGAGCUACUAUGCAGCCAAUUGGGCAAGCUUCACCUUCAACGCUCUGCUCACCUGGAUACAGGAGCAUAAAGCAGAGUCUCUGUCAGAGGAGGUCCAGGAUCGGUCAAGCUUGGUGGAAGAAGGGGAGGAGCUGAUCUACCUGUCAGGCUCAGACUCCGCCUCCAUCAGUAACCUGCAGGUGUUCUGCUACAUCAGUGAAGAAGCCGAGGAGGAGGAGGAGCCUCCAAACACCACAGAAGAAGAAGAGGCUGGAGCAGCAGGUGAAGACGCUGCUAAAGAGCCAUCAGAGACCGAAUCAGCAGGUUCAAAAGAAGAAGAAACAGGUGAGGCCGCUGAGGGAGACGAGCAGGCUGCUCAGGAACAGGGGGAGGAGCCAGAAGCGGAUCAGCCACAGCCCUCUGCUCCUCCCAGCCAAUCAGAGCCAACCAGGAAGAAAAUCAGCUACACCCAGCUGGAAAAGGAAGGACGCCGGUUCAACAUUGACCUGGUUUCUAAGCUCAUGUACUCUCGCGGCUCAUUGGUCGACCUGCUCAUCAAAUCAAACGUCAGUCGCUAUGCAGAGUUCAAGAAUGUGACCAGGAUACUGACCUAUCGCCACGGCAGCGUGGAGCAGGUGCCCUGUAGCAGAGCAGACGUGUUUGCAAGCCGUCAGCUGUCUGUGGUUGAAAAGAGGAAGUUGAUGCGCUUCCUGACUUCCUGUGUGGAGGAGACGGAGGAGCACCAAGCUUACAACGGUCGGCCAUUUUUGGAGUUCCUUCGCGAGCAGCAGCUGGGCGACAACCUGCAGCACUUCCUGCUUCACUCCAUUGCCAUGGUGACAGAAGACACACUCACCGAGGUGGGGCUCGCCUCCACGCGCCACUUCCUGCGCUGCCUGGGUCGCUACGGCAACACUCCCUUUCUGUUUCCUGUGUACGGACUUGGAGAGAUUCCCCAGUGUUUCUGCAGGAUGAGUGCUGUGUUUGGAGGGAUCUACUGCCUGAGACACUCGGUCAGCUGCCUGAUCGUGGACAAGGACUCCAACAGGUGUAAGGCGGUGAUUGACAGCCGAGGACAGCGAAUCAGCUGCAGCCACUUUGUGGUGGAGGACGGCUUUGUGGGGGCAGACCGGCAGGUGACCACGCCCACCAGGUUUCUGAGCAGAGCCGUCCUGAUCACCGACGCCUCCGUCCUUCCCGGCGACUCGGAGCAGCAGGUGUCUCUGGUCACGGUUCCUCCGACAGACGGACGCCCGGCGGUGAACAUGGUGGAGCUGAGCCCGUCCACCAUGACCUGCAUACCUGGGACCUGUGAGUUCACCUGUUGUGUGUCAGUAUGUCCGUCUGCAGAAAACCGUCCAGCUGUCCUUUGGUGUCUGUACUUCAACAUGGCCGACGGUUCCGGGGUGGAGCCUGAAGGUCACGACCUCCCGUCUAACGUGUACGUGUGCUCCGGCCCAGAUGGCGCUCUGGGACACGAACACGCCAUCAAACAGGCUGAGUCGAUUUUCCUGAAGAUUCUCCCCGAGGAGGAGUUCUGUCCUCCUGCUCCAAACCCCGAGGACAUCAUCUACGAUGGGGAGAACACCUCCCCCACCUCCACAGGAGAGGAGGAGGGGUUAACAGCAGCAGGGGGGGAGGGGGAGGAGAAACAGCAGGAGCAGCAGGAGGAGGAGACGAGCCUUCAGCCUGAGGAAUAACCUGUAGAUAUAAAGUGUAAAGACCUCCUGCAGUGCAUUGUGGGUAAAAGUUGCCUUUUUUAUUUUUCUAUGAUUUCUGCUGGUUUUCUGUUUUAUUUAAAAACUCAUUAAAGCCUCAACAUGAAGACACGCCUCUGGCUCUGAUUGGCUGUCACACACAGGGUCACACAGGAUGUCUCUGCCAAAGGCUUCACUCAAGCAGCGAAGCCACGUCCCCACACAGACUGAAGCCGAGCACACCUGAAACAGGAAGUUUACCUGGCAGCUGCAGCUGUGAUCA